AUGCUCUUCGACGAGAGCCGUGUGAACGCCACGCACUUCGGACGAGUCUUCCCGGGACAUCUUGACAACAUGUACCUGGUGGAAGCUUUGAACGCCAUUUCCCUUCGCCCGGCGCUGGCGCGCUCCCUCUUCCUCUGCUACGACACGAAGCACGCAGUGUACAUCCUCCGCAUCUUCAAGAACGGCAUUUGGCUGAAGGUGGAGGUGGACGAUUACGCGCCUUUGGCUUCAAAUGGCUUCGAGCCCUUGUGCUGCCGUUCCGAGCACUUCCCCUACAUCCUUUGGCCGUCCCUUGUCGAGAAGGCCUACGCCAAGGUCCACACCCUGCGGGACGGCCAAAAUCCGGAUGACAACAGUGGUGGCUGGAUGGCC